AUGUCCGAGAUAGCAUAAACCUUCAGAUUCUACAAGAAUCUUAAUCACUUAGAGCAAAAAGGAGCUAUCAUGGCUGAGUAUAUCUGGAUUGAUGGCUCAGAUACCACUGUGAGAUCUAAAUCAAGGACUCUCAGAGGAGAAAUUAAAUCAAUCGAUGAUAUUCCAGUAUGGAACUAUGAUGGUUCCUCAUGCUACUAGGCAUCAACUCACAAUUCUGAAGUUAUUCUCAAGCCAGUUGCUUACUACCCAGAUCCAUUUAGAUCAAAGGAGUACAAUAUUCUCGUCCUCUGUGAAUCCCAUAUUUGGGCUGAUGGGGACUUCAAGGAACUAAGACCAGCCAACACAAACUUCAGACAUUACGCCAGAAAAAUCUUCGAGGCUGCUGAUCAUCAAGAACCAUGGUUUGGUAUUGAACAAGAGUACUCAGUCCUAGAACACAAAAAUAAAUUCACAGUCAAACCACUCGGAUGGCCUUCUUCAGGAUACCCAGGCCCUCAAGGACCUUACUAUUGCUCAGUUGGAGCUACUAAUUGCUAUGGAAGAAGCAUAAUGGACGCUCACUACAAAUCCUGUCUCUUUGCUGGACUUAAAAUUGCUGGCACUAACUGCGAGACUAUGCCAGGACAGUGGGAAUUCCAAAUAGGGCCAGUUGCUGGAAUAGAAGCUGGUGAUUAGUUGUGGGUUGCCAGAUAUAUUCUUAUGAGAGUUGCUGAGGAUUUCAACAUCACCAUUACACUUGAACCAAAACUUUUCAAAGAUUUUAAUGGCGCAGGAGCGCAUAUUAAUUUCUCAACAACUAUCAUGAGAUCAGGAGAGUAAGGCAUGGACUAUAUUCACCAAAUAAUUGAGAAGCUUAAGAACUAGCACAUUAUGCAUAUUCAACUUUAUGGAGAUAACUCCAAGCGUCUCACUGGUCAACAUGAAACUUCGUCUGCAGAAAUAUUCACUUCAGGAGUAGGCGAUAGAACUGCUUCAGUUCGUAUUCCAUCCUUCACAGCCAUGAACGACGGAUUAGGAUAUAUCGAAGAUAGAAGACCAGCUUCUGAUAUUGAUCCAUACGUUGCUCUCUCAGCUGUAGUUGAUACCACUGUUAAUGAUGGAGCUCACAUUGAGGGGCUUUACAAGGCCUACAUGGAAUGGAAAGAGUGGAGAAAGACUGCUGAGAUUGAGGAAGUUUGA